CGGGUACUAGUAUUCAUGCGAAUGUUGUGGGUUCCAGAGCGGUUCAAUGUAUAGCUGCAUUGUUGUUGUCGUCAGUAAUUAACAAUAAUAUGAGACUUCGUCGCUUCUUUUAAGUUGUAUUCACUUAUACUCCCUGUUUCUGCAGCAUGCCUGUGAAAGACAAAAAUCGAACUCAAUAAUCGUUUUGAGUUCUCAACUGGAUGUAAGUGUGAACUGACAAUCUUUUCGUCGCAGUGAAGCUCAAUUGCAAGCGCGCUGCGUUUUCUUUGUUUUUGAAAUUCUGCAGGAUAUUUUGGACCUUCAACUUUAGAAAAUCGUGUAGCCGAGAAUGGAGGAACUACCUUAAGCAUGGUCGAGCUGAUUCCUGUCAAAUGUCUCAGACUCCAAACAAAACAACCUGUGCACAAUGGAUGCCCAGGAUGCACUCCAGCUCCACCCAGUGCUGCCUGUGUGUGGUGGGGGUCUUCAUGUUCCUCAUGGGGAUCAUCAUGGUCUCCACAGGAGUCUGCCUUAUCCUCAACUAUGGCUACUUUGACAAUGCACUGUUCCCUCCGGAAUUACAAAGCCAAGAAGGCAAAAGGACCGUAGGGAUUAUUUUGACAGUGUCUGGAUUUGCUGCUGUGUUUAUAAGUGUCCUUGUGAGCUCCAUAUACUUGUGUUCACGGAGUAAGACUCCUUCUGUGCACUCGGAUGAACUCAACAAUAUUCCAAAUAGUGGCAGAAAGUCUUCUGCUGGAAGCAGGAAUAAAGUGGCCUCCUCUGAUGCCAACACUUCUACAGGGAAACAUAAACAGUCCUCUCAUUCAACAAAAUCUCAAAAUAAGAGCAAGGACUUGCACUCUACCGCAGUGCCUCGUGCAAGACAUCCCAGAAAACGCAAAAAGCAGAAGCAGAGGAUUAUGCAGAGGAGCAAACUAGAGGGCAUACAAGAGGCAGACGCCAUUUCGAGAAAAUUCUCAGAGAAAGACAUAAAUGUUACUGAAGAUGUAGACAGUCAAAAAGAUUCUCAGGAAAGGGAGUUCGUUGCAUAUGAAAUGCAGGAAGAAGUGUUUAUUGCAAGUGAACACAAAGUCUCAUCUUCAAAUUCUGUUGGAAGUUGUGAUGACUUGCCACAAGUGGACAAUCCAUCCUUUUCUGAUAUGCCCAAAGCCAAGGAUGAUUUUGACCGGUCUUCCACCUCAAGUGGAUUCACAGGAUCAGAGCAAACAGACAGCCUUCACAAAGUGGAAGGGAGCAUGGACCAUCCAGUGUGAUGUUAUUGCAGCAAACUCCAUCAGGAAUUAAGAACAUUGCUAGUCCCACUGAUCAUUGAAGGACAAUUUUGUCAUCAAAAGGACUGUAUAUGAUGAAGGUUUGAAAUAUUCACUUACAAUGAAUACGUUAAAUUUGCAACAAUAUUCAUCUCAAGUUCGACCAUGAUUUUAAAAAUCAAUUUGGUUCAAACACAAAUAUCAUGAGUAGGUUAAACUUAUUACUGAUCGAAAAUCCCACAAUGCCUUUUCACAGCAUUUUAUCAUUUUUUGAAUGAAAUUGUAUAAAAGUUGAAAUAUUGACUGCAGGCUUGAUCAAAUUGUUUUUUUUAUAAAACACAUUAUAUCGAUUCAGAAUUACUUAUAAAAGAAAACAUUUGCUAGUUCAAAGCUGCACUCUGUUUCCCACUAAAUAAAAGUUGAGCAAAAUGACAAUUUAUUUUAUGAAGCCACAUUAUGUCGAACAAUUUCAUACAUUCUCUCUCAGCUUUCUUUAAAACAUCAAGAAAAAAUUGAACAUGCAUGAAACACAUUUAUUUAUGUGUUGAUUUAAGGGGACCAAAAUCAACUUUCAUCAUAUACAGUCCUUUCAGCGAGGAAGCUGGUCUUCUGCUACUCAUGAGAGAAUCUUUCAUCUUAUAUAUAUAUUAUAUAAAUCUAUAUGUAUACAAAUUUUGUGUGAUAACAAGGGAAGUGCUUGUAUUGUAACUGCUUUAAGCUUUUGUAUAGACACAGUUCUAGAUGUAGUUAAACUUUGUGGUUUCAUUCAGGGUUUAUUUUCUUCCAUUAUCGUUAAUUCUCUGUUGAUUAGAAAAUCUGACAAGGAAAGACUACUGAUGCUGUGCAUUAUGAUUGCAUGUUGUGAACAUUUCACAAAUUUUGUAGGUUCAAUGCAAAUUUUUUUUUUGUGUGCAAAUUAUUAAAUUGUUAUUUCAUUAUAUAUUUUUUUUUUGUUAGUACACUUUGAUAAUUCCAUUGCACCCCUACCCCUAUCCCUUUAUAUUUUGUGUUAGUAGGCAAAGCUAUGCAUAAUAUUUUUGGAAAUUCAGUUUGAUUUUCUAAUCUGAAUUGCUUUUUUAGCCCAAAUUGAUCAUUUUUUUUGGCUGGCUUUUUUUAAGUGAUGAAAUAAAUCAAAUCAAAACUAAAAAGAUAUUUUGUGCUUUUAGAAAAAGAAAACGAAAAGAAUUCAGAUCUCAAUUGUUACCUCCCAUCCUGUGUACAUUUGUGGGUGUAUUGUGCAAUCUAAUCUUAGAAUGAAGUCACACUAGUUAUAUUUAUUGUAGGAGUGAAUUGUGAGACAUUACCGCUCAUUUGGAUACUGCUGACAUACAAUGGUCACUGCCAAAUAGAUCCUUUGUAUUACCUAUAAAUCCUAAGUUACAUGUACCUUUUACAGAUGUAAAUGUUAGGUGUUAUUCAAGUUUUCUUUUUGUGUAUUGGUCUUGUUUCUUUUGUUAUUUUAUAUUUUUCUUUGUUCUGGUUGUGUGUUAAACUGAUGCUAAAUUAAUUACUUGUAUAUAAGGAGUAAUAUAAAAAGUGUUGGUGUUAUGUAUCUGAAUGUAGAUAUUUUUUUAGAGAGAAAGAGGGAGGUAUAGAAAUAAAUGUCUGGAUAAUGUAAGCCUAAUUUUUCAAAUCAAUGCAAUCAUCUUCGUUCAUUGAAGCAUUUAUAAUAAGGAGAUGCAAGUGUUCCCAUGCAUGAAGUCCCAGAAUCAUGGUUUUGUGACAGAAAAAAAGGUUAACACGCCAUUAUUGUGACAGAAAAUGGUAAAUGUACUGUUUGUGUGACAGUAAGCAUGAUAAAUAUACUGUUAUUGUAUCAUUUAACAGUUAACACCAUAGAUACACUGUUAUUGUGAUAGUUGACAUGAUAGAUACACUGUUAUUGUGACAGAAAAAAUGGUAAAUAAACUGUUAUUACGACAGUAACUAAGCAUGAUAGAUACACUGUUAUUGUGUCUAUAAACAUGGUAAAUACAUUGUUAUUGUGACUGUAAACAUGGUAAAUACACUGUUAUUGUGACAGUAAACAUGGUAAAUACACUGUUAUUGGGACUGUAAAUAUGGUAAAUACACUGUUAUUGUGACUGUAAACAUGGUAAAUGAUGGACAGUGGACCUGACACAAAAUCUCACCCCCUUCACAAAUUUAUAAAUGGCUGUAUAUGUUUUAAAAGUAUUUGAAAACCUACCUUUAUACAUGUACUGUUACAGGUUUUAUUUUAAACUUUAUGUGAACAGCCUGAACUUGACUAUUAGCCAGAAAACCAGUCAAUGAUAUUUUACUUUGCAAUUAUUUUGACAGGGUUUCUCUGAAUGAAUGCAUGAUUUGUUGUAUUGACAUCUUUUUUAGUAUUGGAGUAUUUUGUACUGUUUAAACCUUUAAAGUGAUAAAUAAUGUUAUUGUUAUUAUUUUAUUGCAUUGAAACGAAAUAAAUUUAAACGAUU